AUGAGAGAUGGGAAACUGUGGUGUGCCACCACCAGCAGCUACGAUGUGGAUAAAAAAUGGGUGUACUGCAAUGUCACAGGUCCAGAUCUAAAUGCAGAUGCUCCAUCUUGCGUGUUCCCUUUCAUCUUCAAGGGCACCUCUUAUGAUGGGUGUACAACAGAUGGCAUGCCUGACGGGAAAUUCUGGUGUGCCACCAGCAGCAACUAUGAUGUAGACAAGAAAUGGAUGUAUUGUAAUAUCACAGGACCUGCUGAGAAUGUGGAGAGCCCACCUUGUUUUUUCCCAUUCAUCUAUAAAGGCAGCAUUUACACAAAGUGCACCACAGAAGGUCAGAGGAAUGGGAAGUUAUGGUGUGCUACCAGUAGCAACUAUGAUGCUGACAAGAAAUGGAGGUACUGCCAGGAAGAGCCAGGUGAGAGAGUCAAAAUCCAGCAGGAGGAAAAAGGAAUGGUUGGGGUGCUGUGAGUUUUCUGUGCUGUAUGGCCAUGUUCCA